GGGGACUGGGUAGGUGAUAAUCCUACCGAAGUUGCUGUUUUUGCUCGUCCAAUUUGUCUAUCCAGUGAAGAUUCGGGUUUCCACCAAUACCGUCCGUAACGCUGAAUCUUAGUAAAAAUGUCUGGUAGAGAAUGGGGUGCAGUCCUUGAUUACUGGUUUGGAGGAGGGGAUCCAAGCAAGAGACCAAAGUGGUUUGGAGGUGGUGAGGCUGGAGCCCAAGAAAUCAGGGAGAAAUUCGGACAUUUGGUUGAGAAAGCAAGAAAUGAUGAGCUGAAGCACUGGGAAGAUGAUCCUAAAGCUACAUUAGCUCUCAUCAUCUUGCAAGAUCAGUUCUGCCGCAGUCUCUACAAGGGAACACCUAAAUCCUUCGACAGGGAUCCUUACUGUAAUAUGCUGGCCAAAAAGUUCUUAGAGCAGAAAACUCACGAUCAUCUGAAGAUGAGCAUUUCAGGUCGAUUGUUUAUCUACCUGCCUAUUGAACAUUCUGAAAAUAUUGAUGAUCAGAAACUAUCCGUUGAGCUGUUUAAAAAACUUCAAGAGGAUACAGUAGGAACGUCAGAGGAGGGUGCCGGGAAAGGUUUCCUGGACUUUGCUGAGAAACAUCUGCAUAUUGUAGAGAAAUUUGGUCGUUUUCCUGCACGUAAUGCAGCAAUUGGAAGAGAAAACACUCCUGAAGAGACAGAAUGGCUUGCAAACCCUCCAGCUGGUUACUCUUUUUAGCGGAAACCAACCUUACGUUUAUUCACGUGAUAAGAUUUGCUUUUGAUCACGUGAUGAAGUACCUCAUCACAUCAAAGAUGCAGUUUUUCAAAUAUUUAUUUUGUAUACAGGAAUUUCAAGAAGGGUUGUUAUAAAAGCAGAGAAUUUAUUAGGACUGGCUUUAUUGCGUGAUGAUCGCCAUCAACAUAAACCAAUACCAAACUUCAUUUGUGCAUUCUUCAUCUCUAUAGUGACCAUUUUUGAAAUGGCGAAAACUAAUAUGUAGACUUUAAAUAAAUAUUCAGAAAAUUA